AGUGACGUUGCAUUCUUAUUUUUAAUUAUCUCAAGUUUUGUGAUAAAAUCCAUAAAAUCAGCAAAUACUAAUAUAGACCUUAUCAAUGUUUUAUUGAUCGGAAUGCUGUAUUGUUCACCGAUAAUUAGAAGCGCCCUUUAGAUGAUUCGUCGACAGAGGGCGCGGCCGUAGGGAUCCACACCUAUCACUGUUUUUUGACAGCGAAUCUAACCUAAAACAAUAAAGAUACUAAAGAUCCGGGCUGCUGCAUGUAAAUAAACAGUACUUCAUAGAUAUCCAAGAUGACGAUGAGCCGGAAGAACCUGCUGCUGACCUAUUCGUUGGCGGUCGGUGUCCGUUACCUGUUCCUGCAUUCCGACUUCCAGAAGGAUAUUGUGAACAGGAUUGAGAUUCAGACGCCUUUGAAUUCGUUCAAGAGAGUUGUGGAAGGCAGAUACCGGAUGUCAUUGGGGAUUGAUCCGUAUGAGAGUGAUUCCUUGCACGUUCCACCAUUGCAUUUAACGUUCUAUACAUUCCUUAUUGAUAAUUUUCCAAAUUACUUGCCAUACAUUUUCAUGCUAAUUGAUUUGUUAACUGGUCAUUGCCUGUACACCUUUGCUAGAAGGUACAUGCUUAAACUCUAUAUUAAGCAAGAGAAGAACAAGCACACUUAUGCUGAGGAUGCUUUAAGUCAACUUCUGGAGGGCAGAGAUCUCUAUUUGCCUCCUCAGUAUGCUUUAGUUGUAUUCCUCUUUAAUCCAUAUACCAUAUUCAAUUCAGCUGCAAUGACUACAACCACUGUGAACAACCUACUCUUAUCAUUAUUCUUUGUGGGGAUCAUAUAUGAUAAUUUGGUAAUAAGCCUGGCUGCUAUGACUUUAUCCACCUUGCAAUCUUUCUACCCAGUUAUCAUGAUAGCUCCUUUAUACUUGACGGUGUACAAGAGGAAAGAGUCGCAUCUGCAGGCUUGUUUGACUUUAUUCAUCUACGCCUUGUCUGUGAUCGGAAUAAUUUACAUUUCCGGUAUUAUAUACAACGGUUACCAAUUUUUGGAUCAGACUUACGGUUUCAUUUUGAAGGUACCGGACCAGCAGCCCAACGUCGGCGUCUUCUGGUACUUCUUCAUGGAGAUGUUCGAGCAUUUCCGUUUGCUCUUUCUCUUUUCCUAUCAGAUGAACGUAACCGUGCUAUACUUUUUGCCGCUCACCUUUAAAUUCCGCGAAGACCCACCUCUGCUUGCCGCCUGCUUUGUGACAUUGAUUGCCAUCUUCAAGUCUUACCCAAGUAUUGGAGAUUUCGCUUUAUCUUUGGCUUUAUUGCCAUGCUGGAAACAUUUAUACAGCUGCAUGCAACAAGUCUUCAUCAGCUCCGUUACCAUCGUAAUCACCACCGCUCUGGCUCCUAUCUUGUGGGAUUUGUGGAUCUUCUGGGGAACCGCAAACGCCAACUUCUUCUUCGGAGCUACUUUGGCAUUCGUAACAGCACACAUCUUUCUAGUCACAGAUAUCUCCUUCGCCUACACUAAGAGGGAGUAUCUACUGAAGUACGGGAAUUGCCGUCAGAUUAAUGGCAAAGAUGCAAAACUAGUAUUGGAAUAAAAUUUUCAACAAUAUAUAUAUACACUUAAAAUAUAUAA